UUUCAGUAAAACGGUAAUGUGAAGACAUAUUACCAUAGACAGUAGGAUAUACCCAGCAUCGGCGUUGCUAUGCAACCUUUAAAGCAACUAUGUUCACGAAGAGUAAAUGUAGUUCCAGCACUUUCCCAAAAUAAAUCUUGCAAUGUUUUCGACUACAUUAUAUCCCUUACAGUGUUUAUCAAAAUUAGUACAAGUGCACGUGUUCCAAAUUAUCUUGUUUGCGCCACCGUAAUUACGAUUUUGAUUUGGGGUAAAUAAAAAGUUUCAGCUUCUACACGACGAAUCUGCCGAUCGCUGCGAAUGAGAAUGUUUGCAUACGUGAGGUACCUGGAUGACGGCUGCACGGCAGUUGUUUCCAUAGAUAUGUAUAAAGGCUAGAUGGCUCAAGGCGGAGUCAGCUGUGUCGUCACUUGGCGGCCAUCUUAGGUCAGUGCUGCUCCCUGCUGCUGUGGACGGAAGGUGAGUGACAUACGCCAACUAAAAUGCUCGUAACUUGCUGAAUUCUUGACGGAUUUACAAACAGUUUGGUGUAUUACAAACCUUAUUAACGUGGCUAUGAUUUGUGCUGAUGCCGAUGUUUUGAUGUAUAAUUUUUCACAAGUAUGCAGUUAAAUAGCCGCAUCCCUGACGUUUAUGACACACCAAGCCGUUUGAAAAUCGGUUGAAAAUUGAGCAAAAUAUAGUUAUUUCAGCACUACAUGCACAAAAGACUUUAAUGUUAUAACUGGACGAGCGGUCCUGUCCUAAGAUGGCCGCCGUGUGACGUCGUCGGGUCCCAUUGGCUCUCAGCGCCGGUAAGCCAUCUAGCCUUUAUACAUAUCUAUGGUUGUUUCAACAUGCGAAAUUAAGGACUUUAACUUUAACAAGUUUGACCAAACACAGAUUUAUUGGGUAUGGGUACGAUGGAAGCAAGACUUCUUCAGGCACAAAUACUGAUGCUUAAAGAGAAUAAAGAAGACAUAGAGGAGGAGUUGUCUAAGGGCAAACGACUCCGGGUAGCACCUCUUAAAACAUGGUCGUCUCCACCACAUACUACGUCUUCCUCGCUAAAAGAGAAAGCGGAAGCCAAGACCAAAAAUACAAACCAGAAAACUGCCUCAGAUGAAGGGAAAAAACAAUCGCUUCUCAAUAUAUUACAUGAGCGCAAAGCCCAGAAACGACAGGCUCCACUCUGUUCAACAGCACAAACUAAAAAGCCUAAGGAGCAGACCCCAUCAUCACAUCUGGCAACAGAUGAAGAAGAUGCCGUUGGUGCAGAUGUUGUUCCCCGCAAAGUAUUCGAAGAGUCACAAAAGCAACUCCAGUUUUACCAGGAAAAGCUGAAUGAUGUUACUCUCCAACUUGAGAAAACCCAAACAAAGCUGGAAGAGAUUGAAAAGGCAGAAAUAACAGCCUUGAGAAAAUUAAACAUUGAACUCCAGAAUAAACUACUGACUUUGUCCUCUUCAACCCCUGUAUGCAGCGAAAUCAGAGAGACCUCUUUAGGUAAAACAUGCAUUUUUACACUGAACUAAUGAACUUUGGUUAAA